CACACGCGCAGGCUUGGAAGAAGGGGAAGGGAUCGCGGACGCGAGGGCCCGUUAUCAAAUCCGGCUCUGGGCAGCCGCCCUAUAAGAUCCGCCGAGUUCGCCUGCUCCCGGCGGCACACCCCGGGAAAACCUCAGCCGCGAUCGCCGGACCUUCCUCGUUCGUUCCCGGCGACGCUGCUGCAGAUCAGUCCUACGCCGCGCGAGGGGCCGAGGAGAUGUCGACGCCGGGCGGGGAGGAGGACAAGAAGCCGGCGAGCGCGGGCGGCGAAGGCGGCGGCGCCCACAUCAACCUCAAGGUCAAGGGCCAGGAUGGCAAUGAGGUGUUCUUUCGCAUCAAGAGAUCUACCCAGCUGAAGAAGCUGAUGAAUGCCUACUGCGACCGCCAGUCUGUGGAUAUGAAAGCUAUCGCGUUCCUGUUUGACGGUCGCAGGCUCCGUGCCGAGCAGACCCCAGAUGAGCUUGAGAUGGAAGAUGGCGACGAGAUCGACGCCAUGCUCCACCAGACUGGAGGCUGCCGUCUCCCUCCAAGCGCCUAGAAGAAGCCGUCGAAAGUCCUGCUCGUUGUCGGUCUACAAGACUCUGAUCCAUCAUUAGAGAGCACAUGAACGAAUGAAAGUCUAAAAAGAACUUGUGAGGCUCUGGCCCCAUGCCAUAGCUGAAGGACAUUAGGGGGGCUUUUGUUUAGUGCCGUUUGGGUACUUUGGCCUGUCAUGACUCGUUUAUCCAUCCCUUAAUAUAUCCACCUAUCCAGUAC